CCACGAAGGACACUCCGAGACAGCCCAAAACUGCGGCGAUUGCGCUUCCCGGAUUCGCCUUAGACAUAGCCUUUAGUCUGUGGCUGUAUGGCUUGAAUACACGAGCAACAUGCACCAAUCUCGCAGCUGAAACUACACUUGUAUGCGCUGCAGUUAUUGAACCCAGUCAGAUAGCGAUUGCAGCCCUUGUAGCCGGGCUAGUGAAGGCCAGACAUGGCGGGAAAACUCUGUGUGUCUGUGAUAGAGGCGCGCAAUGUGCAGGCAGACGAUUUUGCGGGGAAAAACUUCUAUGUGAAGUUGAGGGUCGGCAGCAAUGAGGUCAAGACGGAUGUGGUGAAGGGUUCGCUUGCUCCGAAGUUUCUCAAGGACUGCCGGCUGGCAGUGCCGACUCCCGAGUCGGAUUACCUACGGAUUGAGCUGUUGCAAGUGGGCCCGCGCGGCGACCUGGUGGUGGGCAGCGACGACCUGCGGCUGCUGUCCAUCACGGCGCGCGGCACCAUCGUGCACUGGUUCAGCCUCAAGACAGCCAGCCGCUCCGUCAGCGCUGAGCUGUGCCUGGUGCUGAGAUUCCUGUCGGCCGGCGCCAACCGGCCAAUGUCACCGACCUACGCCAUCGCGGCGCGGCAGGCGCGGGAGCGGGCCCUAGAUGGAAGCAGCGAGCCCCAGGGCCCCGGCAGGUCAGCCUUCCGGGACCUUCCUGCGCCCGCCACCCCCACCGCCAGCACCAGCACACGGUACGCCAACCUCGCGGCCGCGGCAUCAUCACCCGACUCACCAGCGGCGCCCGGCCUGGCCUCGCCAGCGCUCAGCAACGGCGGGGGGCCGGCGGGCAGCCGCUACGCCUCUCCGGCGGCCCGGGCCGCGACGCCCGCGCAGGCAUCGCCGCCAGGGCAGGUGGCGGCGUCACCAGUGGCAGAGCCGCGGAGCGGGCCGAAACGAGGGCCGCGGAUCAAGGGUGGCCAGGUGCCGCUGCCGCUGGCGGUGCUGGGCGGGCUGGUGGUGGGGGCGCUCAUGUACAUGUGGCGCAAGCGGCCCGUGUACUACGAGGUCCAGGAGGACGACACGUUGUGCCACAUCGCCAGCUGCUUCAAGAAGCGCGUGGAGGACGUGUACGCCAAGAACAAAACCAUCCUCAAGAACCCCAACCGCCUCUACCCGGGAGACCGGCUGCGCAUCCGGUAGCGUGGCAGCAUCGAGUCGCAGCCUGUUCGGUCGUUUUCAGGGCUGUGUGCGCGGCGGGGUAUGUUUUGAAGUUCGGUAGGGUGAACUUGGGGUAUCAUGGAGUGGCGGGAGUGUCUGGAAAGUCGGACGGGUGGAUGUGUUGUCAUGGUUGGGUGGCGGCAGGUGGAUGGCACGGCAUGCGAUGCCAUGGUUGGGUGGCGGAAUUGCUAUUGGGGAGGGGGCGCCGGGAAGUGUGCUUGGUUUGUGACGAGAGGCAGGAAGGCUUGCGGCACUGCGGCAGAGGGACUUGCUUGCAGGACUGGUCCAUUGAUUUUGACAAGGCUGUUGGCCAUGGCGCGCGCAAGACCGUGACCUAACGUAAUACUUGAAGGGCAUCUUCAACUUUGAGUGCAUCUUCCAAUCUAUAAUGUUAAGCCCUUGUCGGUGGAAGGCCAGGCCGGUGUUAGGGCAUGAGGCAGCACCGCGGCAGGGGCCUGCUCCUUGUUAUUCCUUCUGGCGUGAAAGACGUGCAGGCAGCGCCUGGAAUAGCGCACUUCGUGCUGAUGUUGUUACACAAUGGCUGAGUAAGAGCUGCGUGAUUGCGGUGGGGAUUGUGCACUUGAAGGCUCCACGCCAGGCAGCAGCACGGCGGGCGAUGGAGUGGGGACGCGGUGGAUGGGAGGUGACAUUUGUACUCUUACCUGGGCGCUCCAGUGCGCUAGAACCAAUCGAGUCCACUUCAAGACAGGUUCGAUUGUGGUGCUCUCCAUGCUUGGCACGUGCUUGAGUGCUGUGCAGCCCUAGGGCUAAAGUAAAGCUCUAGUCUAUGGAGCUGAGCAAUCUUGUUAGUUGUUACCUUGGCCAUGAGCCAAUGGCGGGGUCUUGCACAGCGUUUCAGGGCGGCCCAUGUGGUGGGUGCCAGUACCGUCUUGUGGGUGCGUCGCACAGACGCACACUACGGCUGCCUGGCGCACCAGACGCCGUAUGAGAGCUAGCGCGGGGCGGUCUUGCUGUUUGCACGCUUUAGCUUGGUGCAUUGGUGGCGUGUGCUGGUGCGUGUGCAGGCGUGUGGCUGCUACUGCCUGCCAUCCGUAGCGCCGACAGUUGUGGCAGUUAACGGAG